AUGAAUAAAACUUGCGCAAGGUGUGAGAAAACAGUUUAUCCGACUGAGGAAUUGAAAUGUUUGGACAAGGUAUGGCACAAAGGCUGCUUCAAAUGCCAGGAAUGCAGUAUGACCCUCAACAUGCGCACCUACAAAGGAUACGGCAAACUCCCUUACUGCGAAGCUCACGUGCCAAAAGCGAAGCCGACCACGAUGGCAGAAACGCCCGAACUCAAACGAAUAGCCGAGAAUACGAAAAUACAGAGCAACGUCAAUUAUCACGCUGCCUUCGAGAAGAGUAAGGGGAAAUUCACACAGGUCGCAGAUGACCCAGAAACCCUUCGAAUGAGAGCUAACACAAAGAUCAUCAGCAACGUAGCCUACCAUGGCGAUCUGGAGAAGAAGGCGCAGAUGGAGAAACAGCGCCAAAUCAAUGAAAAUGGUGAGAUAGUGGAUGUUCCAUCAGAAAAUUAUCAUCAACAAAUUGACAACUAUGCCACGGAGAUGCUGCCACCGAACGUCCCUCCACCAAACUUGCCGCCGAAGAACCAUUACCAGACCCCCACAACCCAAUAUCAAAUUCAACAACAACAACAACAACCCCAGGUUGCUCAUCAACCAUCAGGACAUAACCGGCAGUAUCAACAAGAUCCAUAUUAUAAACCAAAGGAGGAAUUUCAAUAUCAAUAUGAUUAUCAAGGACAAUACUACCAACAAAGUCAACCGAACUAUCCACAAAAUCAACAAAAUUUCCAACAAAACCAAUCGAAUUUCCAACAAAAUCAAUCGAAUUUUCAACAAAAUCAACCGAGUGUCCAGCAAAAUCAACAAAUUUACCCGCAGUAUCAGCAGAAUUAUCAAGCUGGCCAGCAACAGAAAAUUGGCAGGAUUCAAGACUACGAUCCUCUUAUUGAUCCACCAAGAGCUCCCCCAAACACCCAGAGGGCGUCUGCGACAGUAAUUUACAAUAGUAGUGAAGGGAAAAGAGGAUCUCACCAAACCCAUUCUCAGCAGCAACAGCAGACUCGCCAAAUUGGCCGCGUGACAGAUCUUGACCCCCUCGCCAAUGAGAUGCCGAGACAGACAACUAAUCAUCAGACUCAAGUUAAUCAGCGAGUAUACAUCGCAAUGUACGACUACGAAGCCAGCGACAGCGACGAAGUGUCAUUCCGCGAAGGUGACCUGAUCUCCAACGUGACGUCCAUCGACGAGGGCUGGAUGACCGGCCAGGUCCUCCGCACCGGCCGCACCGGCAUGCUGCCCGCCAACUACGUGGAACUGGCGCCGGCCGGCACGCCGCUCUACAACUGA